UUGUCGCUUCACUCACACGCUCAACAGAGUAGUUAUAACCGAACUGAAAUCCACUCUGAAGGAAGCUAAGUAGUUAUCAGUCUAGAGUUAUCCAACACCCGGUGAUCAUCGUUUACUGUUGUUGACUGUCUAUUAAAAUAGAUGCAUGUCUCGAAGUUAUGGAAAUAUGCCUAACUUUUAACAAGCAAACAGAACUGCAUUACAUGUUUAAUUGUGUAUGCACUCAGUUUGCAAUGAACACACCUGGUCACUUCAUUACACAAUCUGCUUAGUGCUUACUCUGCAAAGUUUGUAAUAACCCCUGUAGAUCUGGCAGUAGCAUGGUGUGUUUGGGACCAUGGGACGCCCUGGAACAGUUGAGCAGUGAGGUCCCAUUGAUGGCAUCCCCCUACUCGUGUUACAUUACAUUCCACCAGACGCCCCAUGUACUGGGGGCCUUCUGGGGUGCACAUGCUCUGAGCUUACUCAACGUUCUCCACUCUCAGAAUAGUUCUAGGUCUGCCUUGCUUGUUGACUGGACGCCCAAAGCUUGUUUGCUUGUCUGUCUACUGCUGUCUGUUUGUUGACUUGUAUCUCAUCAUCAUACGAAGUGAGUGUCUGUCUGUCUGACCAUCUACCCUUAUGUCCGGUGGCCACAUGACCUCGGCCUGAAUGUCUGUGGAUGUGUGUGUGCCCCUGUGUAUCCUGGUGUGCGUCUCAGUGUGUGUGUGCGUCUUGCUGUCGGUGCUGCACGGUCUCUCGGUAUCUGACAGCCCGUGUCCUGUCUCCGUGCAGCAUAAGCUGAAGUCUUCGCAGAGGGACAAGGUCCGGCAGUUCAUGUCCUUCACGCAGGCUGGGGAGAAGACUGCUGCUUACUGCCUGACCCAGAAUGACUGGAAACUAGAGGUGGCCACAGACAACUAUUUCCAGAACCCAGACCUCUACUACAAGGAAUCAAUGAAAACCCCCGUGGAGAAGAAGAAGCUGGAACAGCUCUACAACCGCUACAAAGAUCCCCAGGAUGAGAAUAAGAUAGGCAUCGAUGGCAUCCAGCAGUUCUGCGAUGACCUCACCCUGGACCCGGCCAGCAUCAGCGUCUUGGUGGUGGCGUGGAAGUUCCGGGCCGCCACCCAGUGCGAGUUCAGCAAGAAGGAGUUCCUGGAUGGCAUGUCCGAACUGGGGUGCGACAGCCCAGAGAAGUUGAAGGCUCUUCUUCCCAGAUUAGAACAGGAGCUGAAAGACAGUGGCAAGUUCAAGGACUUCUACCAGUUCACAUUCAACUUUGCCAAGAACCCUGGACAGAAGGGUUUAGAUCUAGAGAUGGCUGUGGCCUACUGGAACCUGGUGCUGACAGGCCGCUUUAAGUUCCUGGACCUCUGGAACAGGUUCUUAUUGGAACACCACAAACGGUCGAUUCCCAAAGACACAUGGAACCUACUCUUGGAUUUUGGCAACAUAAUCGCAGACGACAUGUCAAAUUACGACGAGGAGGGGGCGUGGCCAGUUCUCAUAGACGAUUUUGUGGAAUUCGCCCGGCCGAUCGUAACAGGAUCCAAACGCAAAACCCACUACUAACAACCCAGCUAUUGAAAGAGGGGCAGAACUUUGGUUCCUCUUCAUUGACUGUAGGAUUUAAAAAAAAAAAAAAAAAAAAACUUUUUAAGAGGAAACAGAAACACUUGAAUCCGUGAAACUGCACAACUAUCAGGUAACCAACCUAUGAGGGAAGAGUGAGAGGAAAACACAGGAAGCAAGGCUUUAUUUCUAUCCUUGUUUGAUGGGAGUCGCCACGUGCACAUUGCCAGCUGGCAGUACAUGUCCCAGCCUGAGGGCCAGCCGGGAAGAGGCCUUGGGGAUAUCAGUGUUCCAGGCAACGCUCCCUUUGGAAUCUCAUUAUUCCGGAGAAAAGGAGAGAUGCCUCCCCUGGCACAGUCUCGCUCUCUCUCGCAGCUCUGAGAAUUCGGAUUUACAAGUGUCAAAAAAUGUGUGUGUUUGGGGUUGAUCCUUGUUAGUUAGCUUUGUGUGGCACGCAGGGCUCUGAGGGUACUGUUCAGAACAGGCCUUGUUUCUAACACAAACACUUUGGGACAGACCAAGCAGCUUGCAACGUUUGCUCACAACACCAGCGUUAACAAAACUGUUAGUUAUAUACUGUAUAUAUUAUACUGUCUUUUAAAACAGUAUGUACAGAGAAUAAUAUAAAUAAGUUACAUUUAUGAAUAUAAGAGAUUCAUCUUUUUGUGUAAAAAAAAAAAAAAAAGAUCUGGUAUAUGAUGCCUCAAUAACAUUUGAUAGAAUUUUAGGUCGGGUGUGUACCAAGUCAUCAUUUUAUUUGAACAUUUGGGUUCGAAAAAUGGCAACAUUCUGUGUUUUAGAAUCUUCUUUUGGUUCACUAUGUUAUAUUUGUUUUAAACAAAUACAUUUCAGCCAUUUUAAGUAAAUGGACCAUGCCUCUAAAUGUUUGUCCCAUUCGACAUGUGUAUAUUAGGGAAAGGCUGUUCAUUCUGGCCCGCAAAGACUGAAAUACUGUUCUCUUCCUAGUUGUUUUGGCGGUUUGGAUAAAACAAAUGUAAUGCAGUGUCUGCAGGCCAAUUAAUGACACUAAUUUGUCAAAUACGUGUAGGCACAAAACACGAGCAGGACUGUGGACCGCAAUGACUGUGAAUUGUGCGCUUCUGCAUUACGUCAUUUCAACACCCCAAAAACAGAACCACCAAGCAGUCACUGGGGGGCACUGUUUGUCAUGCAUGUGUGUGCAAGAGGGAGCGCGUUGGACAGUGCUUACUUGUGUUGAAAAGGACCCUGCUGCCCAUCCAUUUAGGUAUUAAUGCAUUUGUGACACGCAUUACUUACACUUUGUCAUUCACUAAUCACACAGGUAUUGUUAGUUUGGAAAGGAAUAAAGCAUGUUUUUAUCAGAAAUUAA